GCACAAACCUGAAGAUCGCGACAGUGAACGCAUCGCGUUGCAUUGAAGUACCCACAAACAGUACCCACUACAUAUAUUCCACUUCAUCGGAAUCCCAACAGACCAUGGCCGACCAGAAAAUGCUGCAGACCCUGGAGGAGGGCGACCCGGAGCUGGCCGACCUGAUCAAGAAGGAGAAGGAGCGCCAGCGCGAGGGCCUCGAGAUGAUCGCCAGCGAGAACUUCACCUCGGUGGCCGUCCUGGAGAGCCUGAGCUCCUGCCUCACCAACAAGUACUCCGAGGGUUAUCCCGGCAAGCGAUACUACGGCGGCAACGAGUUCGUCGACUGCGUGGAGCUGUUGGCCCAGAAACGCGGUCGCGAGCUCUUCAACCUGGACGAGGACAAGUGGGGCGUCAACGUGCAGCCGUACUCCGGAUCCCCGGCCAACCUGGCCGUCUACACCGGCGUGUGCCGACCCCACGACAGGAUCAUGGGACUGGACCUGCCCGACGGCGGACACCUGACGCACGGCUUCUUCACGCCCACCAAGAAGAUAUCGGCCACGUCGAUCUUCUUCGAGAGCAUGCCCUACAAGGUGAACCCGGCGACGGGCAUCAUCGACUACGACAAGCUGGCGGAGGCGGCCAAGACGUUCCGGCCGCAGAUCAUCAUUGCCGGCAUCUCGUGCUACUCCAGGCUGCUGGACUACGCCCGGUUCCGCCAGAUCUGCGACGACGUGGGCGCCUACCUGAUGGCGGACAUGGCCCACGUGGCGGGCAUCGUGGCCGCGGGACUGAUUCCCUCGCCGUUCGAGUACGCCGACAUCGUGACCACCACCACGCACAAGACGCUCCGGGGGCCGCGCGCCGGGGUGAUCUUCUUCCGCAAGGGCGUGCGCAGCACCAAGGCCAGCGGCGAGAAGGUGCUCUACGACCUGGAGGAGCGCAUCAACCAGGCGGUGUUCCCCUCGCUCCAAGGCGGGCCCCACAACAACGCCGUGGCCGGGAUCGCCACUGCCUUCCGGCAGGCCAAGACCGAGCAGUUCAAGGCCUACCAGACGCAGGUGCUCGCCAACGCCAAGGUCCUCUGCGACGGCCUCAUCUCGCGCGGCUACCAGGUGGCCACCGGCGGCACCGACGUCCACCUGGUGCUGGUGGAUGUCCGCAAGGCGGGCCUCACCGGCGCCAAGGCGGAGUACGUCCUGGAGGAGGUGGGCAUCGCCUGCAACAAGAACACCGUGCCCGGGGACAAGUCGGCCCUGAACCCCUCGGGCAUCCGGCUGGGCACGCCCGCCCUGACCACUCGCGGCCUGGUCGCGAAGGACAUCGAGCAGGUGGUGGCCUUCAUCGACGCCGCACUCAAGGCGGGCGCCCAGGCCGCCAAGCUGGCCGCCAGUCCCAAGCUGGCCGACUACCACAAGACGCUGGCCGAGAACGCGGAGAUCAAGGCCCAGGUGGAGGAGCUCCGCCAGUCCGUGGCCCAGUUCAGCAGGAAGUUCCCGCUGCCCGGCUUGGAGACCCUCUAGGAACCCGCUCCACACUUUUUAACUGCCCUUUUUACGUGCACCCUCGAAAGUACCAAUAAAAUGCUAGUAACUAAGUCUUUAA